AUGAUUCUAUCAGGUAGUCUUGGAAAUAUUUGGGUAGUCGAAAUAACACGGAAGUACCUAAUAUUGCAACAACAUCUCAAAAAAAAGGUACAUCGAAAAGACAAAAUAUUAGAUUUAAUAACAGAUCUAACUAUACCAACCGAUGAAGAGAACACCUUGAAUAUAAAAAAGGAUGAUUGUUCAUUAACGGUUAAGACACCUGUAGACAAUACGGCUGUAGAUUACUGGACUAUAGCACAUUAUAAAUGUGCUAAAAUUGAUAAUGUUGCUCUGCAAGAUAGAUGGAAGCAUGCUGAAUGCUCACUCAAAAUAUCUUUAACAGGACAGCAUCCGGAUGAUUUAACUACAGCCAAAGAAAUGGUGACGCUCAUUCAAUCUGUUUUCGACAAAAUGAUGCGACAUCCCGCCAAGAAGCUUCUCAGACACAAACCAAAAAAAUUAAACUUAUAA